UUAAAACAUGGCGCAAACCCCAGAGAGAACAGUGAUGUUUUCGGCAUGUUUUUAUUGAGGUGCAGAUUAUGUGACCAGUUUUUAUUGCAUUUAUCAGAGAUCGAGGGCGUCAUAAUUUAGGAGAGGAUGGAUUUCUUCGAAGCUGUGGUAGAUGAAAUUGCACUGGAAGGUUUAGAUGGUAUAACAAUAGCAACACUAUGGUUACGUCUAGAAGAUCGGCGACCAAAGUUUCCAUUUUCAUUGGACAAUACCUGUAAGCAGUUCCUAUGGAAUCGAAUAUCUGUGCACCCAGAUUUGAAGUUCUACGAGCUGCCAGAAGAGAGGCCUACUGUGGUGAUAUGGGACCGAUGGAGCAGUGUGGAGAAGGAUUCUGAAAUAUGUGUACAGCAGUCACUAGAAGAGGUGGAUCCCUAUCCAGUACAGAUAAUAGACAAGGGUGGAAUACAGGGCUCCUGCUCCACGUUCACUACUAGAACUGAUAUCACUUUUGAAAUACGAGAUGAUGAAAAAAGUCUGUGUACAUUGGAAAAAGCCAUAGAAAGAUGGGGAAACAAGUUGGUGAUUGUUGCGUCUCAAGAGAUUAGAAUUGCGGCCUUGUUUGGAGCGGAGCAUGAUCCCAAUUGGGAGUUUGUCAAUGCACAGUACUGUCUUCUAGAGAGAAUAGGACGGUCACGUUGGAACGGUGCUGCCACCAUUGGGACCCAGAACUUACUGCAGGUGUUCAGGGGAGCCUCAGGUCACCUGUAUUAUGUCCGCAAGAGUUUACUGAGGCAUGGUUUUAUUAUGAGACAGGGCUAUCUGGAAAAAUGCCCUGGAGGCCGUAUUAACAAUGGCCGCCUGUUCCACUUGAAGAGAUUUUACCAACUACACAAACCCAGGUCUCAGGUUAUCUUGGAGAGUGCUGCAGCCUACCUGGAGGCUAAACCAGGGAAUUGGGAGGUCACCUCAGUACUCAUUGAGAAAUUGAAUUUGGAUGAAGCUGGAACCAGAACCUUUUGGAAAUUUUGCAGUAACUACAUCAAAUCAAAACUCGUACCUUACCGUGAUGUUUAUCCUGAAGCCACGGAAGAAGAAUACAUGGCCAAAAAUAAAAUGGUGGAGAAGUCUGUGAGGAUCUACACCCUGGUGAAACCCCUGAAGGUGGAGGAAGAGGAGGAAGAUGAUGUAGAGGAACCAGAAGUUGAAGCUUCAGCAACACAACUCUCCCCACUGGCUGAGGAAGUUCUGGAGAGAUCAAUGCUUCAUAUAGCCUACAGACUGAUCCUGUCCAGGGGCUUGGAAGGCAUCAGUGUUAAACAGGUGUCCAGUGAGCUAGGAAUUCCACAAAUUGAGGCCAGGGCUCUCCUUAAAGCCCUCGUGAAAAAGGAGCUCAUCUUUGGCUAUUUUGUUGAAGUUCAGAAAACCAAGAAGAAUAUGUUUGUUUCAAAUGUCUAUAAAGAACAGUAUCAUGAGCAGAAAAAGCUGAAAACUGCUGUUAAAUAUGAACCACCUGACGAAGAAGGGAGUAAAGCAAUUCUCAUGGCAUAUCGAAAAACACCAGGAAUAGCAACAGGCUUUUCACCGUACUUUCUAUUGCAUGGCAGAGAAAUGAGAACACCUUUUGAUGUGAAAAUGGCGCCGAAAGAUAAGCUCCCAAAUUCUAUCAGAGAGUAUGUGCAAGACCACCUGGAAACACUAGAAUGGGGUAGAGAACAAGCAAAGAAAAACAAAGAAAUGGCAAGUACAGCAAACAAAAAGCACUACGAUAAGAAAGCUAAAAACCCAACAUUUCAAAUAGGUGAUGAAGUUCUCCUCCAUGUACCAAAGCCUCCGCCUGGUCUUAGUUCCAAGCUUCACAAAAAGUGGCAAGGACCAUAUCGGAUACAUCAAAGAGUAGGGCCUGUCACAUAUAGAAUCAGGAAAUGUGAUAAUAAUGAAAUGCACAGAAGUCCUGUCCAUGCAAAUAACCUGAGAGAGUACCAUGAACCUAUCAUCCCUCAGCAAAAUAGACCUCAAAGGCAACGUUGCAUUUCAGGCCAAACAACUACGCCCGUUACAUCGACACAGCAAGGUGUGGUGAAUGAGGAAGAAGAUGACCCAGUCCGACAAAUAGAAAAGCUUGUCAAAUGCUCAUGGAAUGCCAAAUAUAAACAGUAUCAGUACAAUGUUAAGUUUGCAAAUGAAAAAUCAAUCGUAAAAGGUGUACUGGCUGAUGACAUACCAGAAAGAUUGAAGAAAGAAUUCCAUAGCACAAAAACCCAUGCGGGAAGGAAAAGAAAAAGACCACCAAUAGUACGAUAUCAGAAUUAA